GUCCGUCUGUCCGUCUGUCCGUCUGUCCGUCUGUCCGCCAGGUUCCAUGUGAUGAAAUUCAACCGCGGCACCUGGGAACCCACGAUUUACAGCAUUCUUUCGCCGGACUUUUGCGCCAUAAUGUUCAACGAGAAUAUAUACUGGUUCACGAAUUGGAACAAAAACAUUGCGAACCGCGCGGAGAUUGAGGAGAAGUGCAUCAAUACGAAGGACACCGUUAUUACGUACAAUCCCUUUCUGAUGAGCAUGGAGCUGGACAAUGUGCGAAUCCCCAAUGUGCAUGGUCGCUAUAAGGUGGUGUUCACCUUCGAGGCAUUCGACGAAAAUAACGAAAGACGCCCGACAUCCUUGUGCUUCGAAAUUAGCGGCCAGUCCGAGAAGAUAAACUGAUGACAAAGCGUUUCUAAAUGCUCAUCAUACAUUCCACUGCGCAAAAUUCUGACCUUGUCCUCUAUUCGCAAUUAAUCAAAGCCAGAAAAGCCUUGGAUUUCCA